AAGGUAAGACAUAAUGUUUAGAAAGAGAAGCAAAAGCAAAAGCAAAAGCAAAACCAAAAGGGCAAAGAAGAACUGAAGGAGGAAGAAAGAGAAUCGAGGAGAGAUUCUAAUCUCAGUUGAGGUCUCAAUUUUUCUUCUUCAACUUUCUUCCCUCAAAAAUCUUUAAACUUCCAUGACUUCCCUUCUGGGUUUCUCGCAUAUGAAUCGCUUCGAUAUCGUCCAGAUUUAUCGACAAUAUUGUGAUAUUCGAUCUCAAAAUGGCUAUCAUGGGAAUGAAGACUCUGGAUAUGCUGAAACACAAAUGUCUAAAAGUUCAAAGCAGGCACUCGCGGAGCUCUUAAUAUAUGUGCAAUCAUCACUCCAGAUGGGGAACUCAGUUGUGUAUGAACUAUCAAAGCUGAUGUCAUAUCUAAACUUUAUGGUAGACUUCUCAGAAUUUUCACGCUUCUACGAAUUUGUUUUUUUUGUGUGUCGGGAGAAUGGUCAAAAAAAUAUCACUGUUAGCAUGGCAGUUAGAGCAUGGAGAUUAGUUUUGGAUGGGAGAUUUCGGUUACUUAAUCAAUGGUGUGACUUUGUUGAGAACAAUCAGCGACACAAUAUUUCUGAGGAUACUUGGCAGCAAGUCUUGGCUUUCAGCCGCUGUGUACAUGAAAAUCUGGAAGGGUAUGAUCCCGAAGGUGCUUGGCCUGUUCUAAUUGAUGACUUCGUCGAGCACAUGUACAGGCGCUCAGGAUCUAAUAAAGUUUCAAAGUUAUGUUGUACUUGUGGAGACUCAGAAUCAGAGUCAGGUGUAUUUGAAGAUUCUCUUUCGGGAUUAAAGUUUUUCCCUGGGUUGAAGAGGAAAUUACCUGAGGACAUGCAAAUGGACGGCAUUGUGUCUCCGAGUGAUCCUAGAACCGGCGCCAUGGAGUUUACUCCUGUUACGAGUGUCAAGAAAAGUAGAUUUAUGGCUUGCAGGCCAGUGAACUUGGAGAUAAACUUACCAUCAUGUACUGCAGCCGAGAACAUAGAGGUGGUUCGACAUAGCAGUACAGUAGGUUCCAAAUCGCCUUGUGCUGUUGAAGGUUGCCUGUCGAAAGGUUUUGCUGGGCUUUUCUCGACACGCUUGUUCUUAGGAUUGGAUCAAGAAAGGAAAGCGUCAUUCACGUGAGAAUAAGCCGCUUAUCCUUAGUGAUGUUUUCAGGUUGUAUGGUCUACAAUGUGGCUAUAUCUUUCAUUUUUGUUGCACAGCAUUUUUAAUCAGACGAGUUGAUUUGGCAGCAAACUAGAACAAAGGUUUGAUUAUGUUUCUAAUGAGGGAAGAGAAAUUAAUGAUUUGGCUUUACGUUGUAAUUAGUCUGUUUCUAUUCAAAGAACAAAUAAGAAUCUACAUAGUUUGUCUUA